AUGUGGCGCGAACGGCCUUCUAACGGGCCAUGGGCGUCUGGGGUGACGGUCGUGGACACCACUUCUUGCGCGGUGAACUGGGUGAAGGUGCUGUAUCAGUCCGGGGCUCGAAACUUCAUAUUCCAGAAUAUGAUUCCGCUCGAGAACACGAUCCUGUAUGCGCCGGAUUCGUACACGAACAUCUACUGGACCGCGCAGCGCAACACGACGGAAUGGAGCGUCUCCAUGCGCGAGCUCACGUCGGCCGGGAACGCGCUCGCAGAGCUCAUGCUCCAAGCACUCGCGCCCUCUCUGCACGGCGCGCACAUCGGGCUUUUUGACUCGCACUCCCUGUUCGCAGAAAUGUACGCGCACCCGCGGGGUUUCCUCAACGGCUCGGCGCCCCUGAACGUCACCGGGGCCGUGCACUCGUGCGUGUACCAGCUGAACGAGAGCCAAACCGACCCGGGCGUGUGCACCGAUGUCGUUGGCACGGACCAGGAUAGCUAUCUGUGGUACGACGAAUUGCACCCUUCGAUGCAAGCGAGCCGGAUUGUUGCAGAGCUCAUCGCGGGCUCCGUCCCUUCACGCGAUGCCGAGGUCGCUCGCCUCCAGAAGGAGCUCCACAUGUGCAACAUGCGGAUCUCGCAGAUGCAGACGCGUCUGGCCGCCACCCUUGACGAACUCGACGCGCUCCGAAACGCGCACCACUACGAGCUCAAGACGGAGCGGCGCGCGAAGGAGAAGCUCAGCGAGAAGCUUGACCGGUACCUGGACGAAGUCAAGCGAGCGGAGGCCGAGAAGGACGAGAUGAGAGAGGUGGUGUCGAUCUUGGUUGAAAAAGCCUUCACGGCGGAACGAGAUGCUAUCCGGAACAUGCUCGCCGAAGAACUUCAUCCACCAAAGCCGUUACCUGCGCCAGCACCAUCUCAGGGUGGUCUCACGGGCCAGAUCUCCGCUGCCGUCGCCCUUGAACCUCCACUCAAUCACCGAGGGGUGCCCACUGGCGUCUCGCUCGACUUAGACCCGAGUUUCGGGUUUGGGGACGACGUCGUCACCUCGACGCCUGAUGCGAAAGCGAGCACCAAAGUGCCACCGAAACCCAAACAUCACUCCAAACGCAUUCCUAAACACGCCCCAUCAGGCGGCGCUCCGAAGUCGAGUGAUCACUGUGACUGCGAGAGGGAAGCCCAGUCACUUCGCGACGAGCUCGGCGAACUCAAGCGCCAGUCCGCGCUGCGCGAAGGAGCUCUCCAGGCCGAGAUCGAUACACUGAGGCAAACCCUGUUGGGCGAAGCUCGAAGCCGGGGAGUGCCCGCGUCGAGAGACCGAAGGGCUCAAGACGCCCAAGAAGAGGAUACGGAACCAGACGACACUCUACUCCUUCAGGAUCCCGCGACGCACCUCUUCAACCUCGCCGAAGUGGGUAACGACGACACCAGCCGCACCGACGACUCCGAAGAGUCGAUGGAGCUCGCGACCCCGCUCCAUCCGACGAUCAUCUCGCUCGCAGACGACGACUUCCCGCACUCCGCGACCGCGCCCUCGUUCGAGCACGACCAGGGCUACCGCCGCGCGGGGCUGUUCGACGUCGAUGUCGACGCGUCGCUGGUCCCCCUCCCCCUCUCCCCGGACUACGUCGAUGAGCCGCCGUCGCCGCCCCCGCCACUUGCCCUCUCGCCUGGCGCGCUUCCCGCGUUCCCACCUCCUGCGUUCUUGUGGUCGUCCCAUCAGGAGCGAACGUAG